GGAAGCUGUUAGGGAUGCCCAGCUGUUUUCAAAAGACUUUCUUUUCCAUCAGCGCCGUACUGAGCUUCGCUUCCUUCAUCUUGAUCCUCGUGGCCAUGGGGACCCAGAAAUGGAUGACUGGGAAAAUCCUUUGCAAAACUGGAGCUGAGCUGGUCAACGCCACAGACCCCGAGUUAGUCAAGUUCAUGGGGGAGAUUUACUACGGGCUCUUUGGGGGCCGCAAAAUGCGACAGUGUGGACUCGGGGGGCGCCCUUCCCAAUUCAAAAUGUUUCCACACCUGGUGAAAAAGGUGAACACAACUCUCCAUGUGAUGAUUAUCCUCUUCUUGUCGUUAGCAUUUUCCUUUGCCCUGGUUAGCUGUGGAUUCUGCAUCUUAAACCUCCUGAAAGUUCCUUUUCGGGCUAUUCACGGACCGGCAGGAAUAGCUUUGUGGAACUUGCUUGCAGGAGGAUGUACCACGCUGGCCGUGGCCGCUUUCGUGGCAGCUGUCAAACUGCAUCGGCUUACAGAAAGAAUUGCCAAUUUUCGGGAAAAUGGCUUCCAUUUUCUUAUCCUGGAAGAAGAGUAUAUGCCUUCUUUCUGGCUUUGUGUAGCAAGCGCGACCAUCCACGGGCUGAAUCUGGGGAUAGUUGCCCUCAGCGCAGUUCACUUCCCGACUCCGAAAACGAAGACAGAAGCAGCAAAUGUUACAGCAGAAGACAUCAUGUACUAAACUGUUGGUUUGCCGUUUGCCCUCUUCUGGACUUCCAUGAUCUGUUGAUCAUCUGCAGUAUGUCAAAGACACUGACAUCAAGUAGGGCCUCUGGGCCUGGAAGGGGGAACAUCAG